UGCGAGCAACAGCCAACAGCCAAGAACUACGACUACGGUACGGCCGUCCACCGCUCUAGGACUACGACAACAAGUCCUAACCCUAGCCCCGGUAGCCGCCACCGCCAGGCUCUACGACUACGGCCCGGCCGUCCACCGCUCGGCCGUCCACCGGUCCACCGCUCUACGCGACGGCUCCAUCGCUCGGCUGCUCCAGGCUCCAGCGCCCUCCAGGCUCCAGCAGAUCCCGGAAGCACCGACCACGGUCCACGGCGAGUCGGCGAGCAGACAGCACAGGCGCACAACAGUGACGGCGAGCAGACAGCACAGGCGCACAGCCUCCGCGCAUCCGCGGUCCGCGUCCGGCCGUGCAGCCGCGCAGUGGACGGGCGGGCGGGUAAUGGAUACCCGUUGGAUAACGGAUACCCGGCGGGUACGGGUACGGAUACAGAUCCGUACCCACGAGCGUAAAUGAGUAUGUGUAUGGAUUUGGUUUUAUCUCGUGGGUAUGAAUACGCGAACCAUAUAUCCGCGUUCUACCCGCCCGAUUGCCACCCCUAGCUGUGCGUUCUCCCUCCCGUGUCCGGCGGCCGGAUGUUGUGUGCGUCUCUGGUAUCCCUCCCGUGUCCGGUGGCUGGCCCUUGUUGAGCGAGCGCCGAGCAGCUACCGGCGCCUCUGCCUCCCGCCUCUCGCCCGGUCACCCGUCGUCGACUCGCCGUCAGGCAGCGUCGCUCCGCCGCACCAGUCUCCAUCAAAACAGGACAGCACAGCGCCGGCCUCCCUCAACACUUCAACAACUAACACUUGAGCAAGUAUACUGGCUUCCUAAAGGAUCAAUGUCGGCUAUCUCUGAUCAGAAGAAACGCACCUUGGAAGCCCUUCAGCAACAGUAUACUGCUGCAAAAGCUAAGAAAUUGCAAGAUGAACAGGUUAAGAGUCAGAAGAAGAGCAAUUUUAAUACCCCUAAGCCUAAAUGUGAUGCACCAAGGGGAAGCAAAGGUCCAGAAAUCACUCCUCGACGAACAUAUGCCCAACCUUCUCAUAAAGGUGUAGCAUUUUCUAGUUCUAAUUGUCAACAAAAGCCUUCCACGUCCUCAGGUGAAGAAAUCAAUCCUGUGUAUGCUGAACUUUCUUGUGCUUUUCAUGACACUUUGUCCAAAGGUGUUGUCUCGGAUUUGGAUGGCACAGAGGUUGUUCACAAUGUUAUAUAUGACAUAAUUCAGAAAGGUGGAGAUGCUGGGAAAAUUACAAAGGGUGCCAAAAAGUUGAAACUGGAAAAAGGGAUCCUUUUGGAUAAUUAUGUUCAGAGGGGUUCUAGAUUAGUGGAUUCCCAAGCAAGAUCUUUGUUGAUUCAUUCAAAGCGAUCAAAAAGGCACAUGUCUCUAAAACAACAUAAGAAAUGUGGUUCAUUUGAUUUAGAUGGUACAUUCCACAAGUACGACCUCUAUAAGCCAAUGCAUGAGAUGUGGAAGGACUAUAUCAGAGAGCUUAUGGAUCUGAGCCCGAAAAAGAAAUUUACUGAGAACCUUCUUUCAGCAGAUCUUCAUGGGGCCCUUCUAAUAGUGGCAGAAUGCAAAGCUGCUUCAUAUAAAGGUGUAAACGGCAUCAUGAUUCGGGAUACUGCAGAGACGUUUGGAAUUAUAUCCGAGGACAACCGCUUCCGAGUUGUACCAAAAGCUGGUUCAGUGUUCGUACUUCAAGCAGAUCGCUGGAAGUUCACACUGAUUGGCGACAAGCUCUCGCCCAGGGAGAAGUUGAAGGAGGAUCAGCGUCAACAACGUGCACAAUCGCUAAUCAGAUAGUUUCCAAUGUGCCAGCUGUUCUCUCAAAAUUUUUGCUCCACGAAAUACUUGCUUUUGUUUAGCUGUUUUACCCUUUUUAGUUUGCCUCUAACAUUGAAGGUAGAUAAUGGGUGUCUGUUUUUGCAACUAUUGAUUUUAUUUUACACAGCAAGAUGUAACUGCAACGGCCACGCCGUCAUUGUUUAACUGUCAUUCAUGCUCUCCAUGAUAAAUAUAUAGAGUUAAUAGGAAUGGGAAUGAGGUUGACCUA